CCUCCGCCCGCGCCGGGCCGUGAUGCGCCUCCCUCCGCGCCGGGGCCCGGGACAUGGCAGAAGAAGAAACAGAGGCCCAGAAGGGUUCAGGACCCACUGAGCGCCCUGUGCGCUUUGUCCCCCCAGCCAUGGACUUCCCCCAGCACAGCAGGCAAGUCCUGGAGCAGCUGAACCAGCAGCGGCAGCUGGGCCUUCUGUGCGACUGCACCUUCGUGGUGGACGGCAUUGACUUCAAGGCCCACAAAGCGGUGCUGGCGGCCUGCAGCGAGUACUUCAAGAUGCUCUUCGUCGACCAGAAGGACGUGGUGCACCUGGACAUCAGCAACGCCGCAGGCCUGGGACAGGUGCUGGAAUUCAUGUACACAGCCAAGCUGAACCUGAGCCCCGAGAAUGUGGAGGACGUGCUGGCCGUCGCCGGCUUCCUCCAGAUGCAGGACAUCGUCAGCGCCUGCAACGCGCUCAAGACCCUGACUGUGCCCUCCACUGCCGCCGGCCCCCCGGAGCCCUCUGAUGGGCACAGAGAUGAGCCGAGGGUCGACGCAGAGGGGCAGAAAGCUGCUGCCGGGGCCGCCCCCACCCCCCCACCCAGUGAGCUGGACGCACCAGAGGGCACACCCGCUGCGGACCCCGGCGUGGAGGAGGCAGUCCGGGAUCCCGACAAGCCCGCAGACAGUGCCGGCCAUGGGGACGGAGGGACAGGUGCGGACCAGGAGGCCAGGGACGACGCCCUCGCUGCAGCCCUGGAGCAGCCGCCCACGGAGCCCGGAGCCCCAUCCUCUGGCCCCCAGCCUGGUCAGAUCCCUUCCCCACAGAGCCUGGAGCUAGAAAUGGAAGUGGAACUGGUGGAGAAAGAUGACGAAGGGAGGGAGAUGAAGGCCCAGGAGGAGGCAGAGGUGGAGGCGGAGGCCGGCCCGAGGCUGGAGAACGGAGCCCACCUCGACGAGAACGACGAGUCCUGGGGAACCGACUCGGGCCAGGAGAAUGCCUCCGAGGCCCGGGUCCUCCGCUCGGGCACCUACAGCGACCGCACGGAGUCUAAGGCCUACGGCUCCGUCAUCCACAAGUGCGAGGACUGUGGCAAGGAGUUCACACACACGGGGAACUUCAAGCGACAUAUCCGGAUCCACACGGGCGAGAAGCCCUUCUCCUGCCGCGAAUGCAACAAGGCCUUUUCCGACCCUGCCGCCUGCAAAGCCCACGAGAAGACACACAGCCCGCUGAAGCCGUACAGCUGCGAGGAGUGUGGGAAGAGCUACCGGCUCAUCAGCCUGCUGAACCUGCACAAGAAGCGGCACAGCGGGGAGGCCAAGUACCGCUGCGAUGACUGCGGCAAGCUCUUCACCACCUCGGGCAACCUGAAGCGGCACCAGCUGGUCCACAGCGGCGAGAAGCCCUACCAGUGUGACUACUGCGGGCGCUCCUUCUCCGACCCCACCUCCAAGAUGCGUCACCUGGAGACACACGACACCGACAAGGAGCACAAGUGUCCCCAUUGCGACAAGAAGUUCAACCAGGUGGGCAACCUGAAAGCACACCUCAAGAUCCACAUCGCUGACGGGCCCCUCAAGUGCCGGGAGUGCGGGAAACAGUUCACCACCUCAGGGAACCUGAAGCGGCACCUGCGGAUCCACAGUGGUGAGAAGCCUUACGUGUGCGUGCACUGCCAGAGGCAGUUUGCCGACCCAGGUGCCCUGCAGCGCCACGUCCGCAUCCACACGGGGGAGAAGCCAUGCCAGUGCCUGAUCUGCGGGAAGGCCUUCACCCAAGCCAGCUCCCUCAUCGCCCACGUCCGCCAGCACACCGGGGAGAAGCCCUACGUGUGUGAGCGCUGCGGCAAGAGGUUCGUCCAGUCGAGUCAGCUGGCCAACCACAUCCGCCACCACGAUAACAUUCGCCCACACAAGUGCAGCGUGUGCAACAAGGCCUUCGUGAACGUGGGCGACCUGUCCAAGCACAUCAUCAUCCACACGGGAGAGAAGCCAUUCCUGUGUGACAAGUGUGGGCGCGGCUUCAACCGCGUGGACAACCUGCGCUCCCACGUCAAGACAGUCCACCAGGGCCAGGCGGGCAUGAAGAUCAUGGAGCAGGAGGGUGAUGAGGUCAACAUAGUCACCGUGGCUUCGGACGACAUGGUGACCCUGGCCACCGAGGCGCUGGCCGCCACGGCGGUCACCCAGCUGACGGUGGUGCCCGUGGCGGCGGCGGUGACGGCGGACGAGACGGAAGCACUUAAAGCCGAAAUCACUAAGGCUGUAAAGCAAGUGCAGGAAGCAGACCCCAACACCCAGAUCCUGUACGCCUGCGAUUCGUGCGGGGACAAGUUCUUAGACGCCAACAGUCUGGCCCAGCACGUGCGCAUCCACACGGCCCAGGCUCUGGUCAUGUUCCAAGCCGACACGGACUUCUACCAGCAGUACGGCCCGGGCACCGCCUGGCAGGCGGACCAGGUCCUGGGGGCCGGCGAGCUUCUGUUCCGGGCGCGGGAGGGGCCCGAGGUCCAGCCCGCCCUGGCCGAACCCCCGCCCGCCCCAGAAUGCCAGCCGUCGGCCGAGUGAGGGGUGGGAGACGCCCCCUUUCCGGACUGCUUAUUUAAAGAUGGACGCUGUGGCCCGAGGGAAGCGGCCUCUGGGCAUCGGGCCUGCCCCCCGCCAGCGGAGAAUAAAUCACCUUAUUUUCUAAGA